AUGAAAAGAAUCACAUUUUCAUAUGGGAUUCGGUCCUGUAUAUAACUCUUACCCCUGCUACUUUACGAUCACUUUUCCUUGUUCUUCUUAAAUCACAUCGAAAACUUGAAGUUUUAAUGGCACAUCAGGGGUCUUGUUAUCGUAAUUACGUCGUCUCGUUUGUCAUUCUUACUUGUAUUUCUUCAUCAAUCCAGCAAGUUUCUUCGAAGCUUGUAUUGGAAGACGGUUACCAAGUCACUACCAUACUUGAUGGGAAUAAGUUGAAUAACAUUAUAAAUCCUUCAUCUCUUCUUCCUAGAGAUGAUCAACUUAUUAUUCUUGAUACACCCAGCAGUUCUUUUUACACCGUAUCAGUCCCUAUUUCCCAAGAUUCGGAGAUUAAUCGAUUAUCCGGUAAUGGAGUGGCUGGAUUCUCAGAUGGAGAUUUCGGUUCUGCAAUGUUCGAUAGACCACGAAGUUUUGCUGUUGAUUUGAAGGGCAAUGUUUAUGUAGCUGAUAAAAACAACCAUGCCAUCAGGAAAAUUACUAGAGAAGGUGAUUCAAUUUUCUUUGUGACUUUAAGAUAUUUGGGUUUUAUAUAAAACUACCUUAGAUUAUUGACUUAUGUUUGAAAAUUGAAACUGAUUUAAGUUAAAUAAGUUUAAGCUUAUAGGUGAAGAUGCAAGGGCUUGUUCUUUUAGCUCUGUGAGAUGACCCAAUUGCUGAUUUUCGAUGACGAUCUUCUGGUUUGCAGAAAAUCACCCCACCUUAUGUUACAUAUAGUGUUUGAACCAUUUGGUAUAUGCAAUCCCUGAGUACGAGAUUAGAAGCUUUAGUUGACCAGAAUCUUAGUAGAGAGGAAACAUCCACUCUCUUUGUGAGCCCGAGAUCAACUAUGUUACAUAAGAUCUAACUUAUGUCACACUCAUAGUAGGCCAACUCUCAACUUGGCAAUUAGUUUCAAAAUUCAUUUUUAGGAUCUUAUCGGUGGUGUUAGAAUGACUGUAACUUAUAGUGGACCUAACAUCUGUGUGGUCUUAUUUUUUGCCAAGUGUCUAUUGUACUGCAUUUUGUAAUUAGUGAGCUUCUGUUAUUUUCAUUUUCAAAGGGGUUGGAUUUGCCAAAACA